AUGUCACGUAAAUACACCAUCUUAACAUUGAUGAUCGUGAUGAUCACAUUGGUCGUUUCAAUUCAAGGAGAAGCAGAUGCACCAUUGCCCAAUUGUGAAGCCGGUUUUUCCUAUUAUAACGGAUGCAAUAGCUGUCUUUGUGAUUUAGUUGAAUCUAAGUGGUUUUGCACUACUAGAUGGUGUGGUGGCGUCCGUCUCAUUAAGCCUCCGUGUUCAUGUGAAUAAACUAAAUAUCCAGAGAUUCCAGGACUUGUAAAUAAGAAUACUUUGCUUCAAUGUAAAGAUGUAAUUUUUACACUAAUGGCUAUGCUAAAGUCUAGCGUUUCAACCCCUCCAUCGAUAAGCCUCAAUGUAACAUAAAUUUUCAAAUAAUAAAAAGAUACA